CUGGUUGUGCAGGGAGUGGGAAAGAAGAAUUGGAGAAACAAUGUAAUGAAGUUCAGGAAUUUGAGCAUAAAAGAAUGUAAAGCAACCAGGGGUCACAUGAAAUAAUGCAAAAUUCUGUCUUCAGUAACUUAAAUGUUCUUAAGUUUUAUAUUCGAUACGCUGCAGAGGCUAUUUUUCUAUCGAAGUGUUUCCUUCAAAUCCAUCUCAUGCAGGAAUCUGGUUAAAAACUAACUUGAAAACAACUUCGGGAAAUGAAACUUAACUUGUUUGCGGCAGUUUCUCUGCAGUCCUGGGAGAGAGCCAGGCCUCCCAAGUGUCCUUCCCCUACCAACCCAGAGUCCUGCAGAGCAGAACUCCUCAGCGCAUAGCUAUCUGGGAGCUACUGAGGACCCCCCUGAGGUGCUUUCCGGAACAUGACUCUUGCAAACUCAAAAAAAGGCAACUAAUCUAACAGCUCUGGAUCAAAGAACCUCAUGAAGACUUAUUUCAAGUUACCGAUAUAAAAAGUGGAAGUUUUCAGUGAAGCCCUGUUUCAUUUCUGAAGAACAUCAGAGCAGGGCGUGGGCCUGCUGGAGACCAACCAAGAUUGCAAGAAUUUCUUCCUGGAGGAAGAAAGUUCCAGCUGUGAUAUGAGUGAACAAGUAAAUCUACCUGAAAUGACCAAAGACUGGAACAAAGAGCAUGUGAAACAAUGGGUAACAGAAGACCUUAAGAUCGAUGAGAAAUACGGGCAAAUUCUGUUCAAUGAAGAAGUGACAGGAUUAGUCCUGCAGGAAUUAACUGAAAAAGACCUUAGAGACAUGGGGCUACCACGGGGUCCAGCACUUUUGAUAAAACGCAUGUAUGACAGAUUGAAUAAUAUUUUCCCUGAAAAUCACAAUCAGGAUUCUGGACAAUUAGAGCAUAUAAAAACCUCCAAAAAACAACACCAAAAAAAGCCACAACAGACACAAAAAGAAGAAGAACAGUCAAUGCCAUCCAAUACUGAUCAUAAUCUUAGCGAGAUCAGAGAUACCAAAGAACAAGAAUCUGUUCUUAUAAAAGAAAAUGCAUUAAAUGAAGUAGUGACCACUAAAGACAAAAAAAAGAAAAAGCUAAAAGCUGAGCAGUUGACUUGUAUGCCAUAUCCUUUUGAUCAGUUCCACAGCAGCCAUCGUUACAUAGAACAUUAUCUUCUUAUACAACCUGAAACAGGACCACUCAAUCUCAUAGACCCAAUACAUGAGUUCAAAGCCCUCACAAAUACAGACACAGCCACAGAAAAGGACAUUAAAAUGAAAUUUAGCAAUGAAGUCUUCCGAUUUGCAUCGGCUUGUAUGAAUUCACGCACCAAUGGCACCAUCCAUUUUGGAAUCUUGGACAAACCCCAUGGAGAAAUUGUUGGUAUGGAAGUCACCAGUAAAGAUGCCUUCAUUGACCACUUUAAUAUAAUGAUCAAACAGUAUUUUGAAGAAAGUGAGAUCAAUGAAGCCAAGAAGUGCAUUCGGGAGCCAAGGUUCGUGGAAGUCCUUCUGCAGAACAACACACCAUCUGACAGAUUUGUCAUUGAAGUAGAUGUCAUUCCAAAACACUCUGUAUGUAAAGAAAAAUAUUUCUACAUUAAGAUGCAAAACUGUAAAGCUGAAAUAUGGAAACAAAACCAAGAUGCUUCACUGUUUGUGAGAGAUGGAGCUAGCUCUAAGGAUAUCUUGGCCAAUGUCAAGCAACGGGAUAAGGAAUUCAAAGCAUUUACCAAAAAAGUCAAGUCACUAGCAGUAUCGAGAAAAGAGGCUGAAGAAGAAUAUGAAAGGAAGGCAAAUAAGAAAGAGAGUGAAGGACAAAAGCUGGUUAAACUUCUCAUAGGAAACCGAGAGUCACUGGAUAAUUCAUACUACAAUUGGUACAUUCUUGUAACAAAUAAAUGCCAUCCAAACCAAACAAAGAACUUAGAUUUUCUAAAGGAAAUUAAAUUGUUUGCUGUUUUGGAGUUUGAUCCUGAAUCUGAGAGCAAGGGGGUGGCCAAAGCUUACAAAAGAAGCCGGGUAGCAAACCUUCACUUUCCAAAUCAGUAUGAGGAAAAGACUACUACAAGAGAGGCAAUUUCUAGCCUGAAUCUUUUCGAUCAGCCCAGCUGGAUCUUCUGCAAUGGCAGAUCAGACUUGAAAGAUGAGAGGUAUAAGCCUCUAGAACCACAUUUAUGGCAGAGAGAAAGAGCUUCUGAAGUCCGGAAACUGAUUUUAUUUCUCACAGAUGAAAAUUUAAUGAUAAGAGGGAAAUUUUUGGUAGUGUUUCUAUUACUCUCUCUGGUGGAAAGCCCAGGAGAUCCACUCAUUGAAACCUUCUGUGCUUUCUACCAAGCUCUGAAAGGAAUGGAAAGUAUACUGUGUAUCUGUGUAGACUCACAGAUUUAUCAACGUUGGAAAGAUCUACUACGAGCAAGACUGACAAUAACAGAUGAAUUAACAAGCCAUAGUAUUUCCACUUUAAAUUUAGAAUUGAUAAACAGUACUAUCCUUAAACUAAAACCAGUCACUCAGUCAUCAAGAAGGUUUUUGCCCUCCCAUGGAUCAUCUUCGGUUAUCCUAGAGAAAAAGGAAGAGGAUGUCUUGACUGCACUGGAAAUUCUCUGUGAAAAUGAGUGUAAAGACACAGAUAUCGAGAAAAAUGAAUCUAAAUUCCAAGAAUUUAAGAAAACAAAAGAAGAGCACUUUUAUCGAGGUGGCAAAGUAUCCUGGUGGAACUUCUAUUUUUCUUCUGAAAACUAUUCUUUACCCUUUGUCAAAAGAGACAAUUAUGAAGACCUUAAAGGUCUAAUACAGUGUUGUGCAGAGUCUCCUAAACCAAUAUUUGUAAAAAUUAUCAAUCUUUAUCAUCAUCCAGGCUGUGGGGGCACUACAUUGGCUAUGAAUGUUCUGUGGGACCUAAAGAAAAACUUCAGGUGUGCUGUGUUAAAAAACAAAGCAACUGACUUUGAAGAAACUGGAGAACAAGUAACCAAGUUGAUUACCUAUAAGGCAACUAGCCAUCAGGAUUACAUUCCUGUACUUCUCCUAGUAGAUGAUUUUGAAGAACAGGAAAAUGUCUACAUUCUACAGAAUACCAUCCAUUCCAUUUUAGUAGAGAAGGGUUUGAGAUAUGAAAAAACAUUGGUAAUUAUCUUAAACUGUAUGAGAUCCCAGAAUCCUGAUGAAAGUGCAAAAUUAGCAGAUAGUAUUGCACUAAAAUACCAACUUUCUUCCAAGGAACGAAGAGCUUUUGAAGCCAAACUGGAGGAAAUUGAAAAGCAACACAAGAACUGUGAAAAUUUUUAUUCCUUCAUGAUCAUGAAAGAAAAUUUUGAUGAAACAUAUAUAGAAAAUGUAGUCAAGAAUAUCCUAAAAGGACAGAAAGGACAGAAUACUGACAGCAAGGAAGCUCAACUCAUUUCUUUCCUGGCUCUACUCAACUCUUAUGUUACUGACUUUACAAUUUCAGUGUCACAGUGUGAAAUAUUUUUGGGAAUCACAGGCACUAGUACACCCUGGAAACCUGAAAGCCUAGAAGACAAGAUGGGAACCUAUUCCACACUUCUAAUCAACACAGAAGUGGCAGAAUAUGGGGGAUGUGCAGGCGUGCGCAUCAUUCACCCUCUGAUUGCCAGUUGCUGUCUAGAAGAACUGGAAAGAAGUUAUCACUUGGAUAAAUGUCAAAUUGCAUUGAAGAUAUUAAAAGAGAAUUUGUUCUAUGAUUCUGGAAUAGGAAGAGACAAAUUUCAACACGAUGUACAAACUCUUCUGCUUACAAGACAGCGCAAAGAGUAUGGAGAUGAAACAGACACUUUGUUUUCUCCAUUAAUUGAAGCUUUACAGAAUGAUGAAGUUGAAAGGGUCUUGACUGAAGGAACUCUUCGAUUCCCACAAAAUGCAUUUAUUUGUCAGGCCUUAGCAAGACAUUUCUAUAUUAAAGAGAAGAACUUUGACACUGCUCUGGACUGGGCAAAUAUGGCCAAAAAGAGAGCACCUAAAAAUUCCUAUAUCUCAGAUACACUUGGUCAGGUCUACAAAAGUAAAAUCAAAUGGUGGUUGGAUGCAAACAAAAACUGUAGGGAUAUCACUGUAAAUGAUCUAACACAUUUUCUAGAAGCUGCAGAAAAUGCAUCAAGAGCUUUCAAAAAAUCCCAAGAGCAAACUGAUAGGAAAGACUAUGAAACAGAGACCUGGUCACUACAGAAGUCCAAAAGAAAAUAUGACAUGUAUAAUACAGCCGGUUUCUUGGGUGAAAUAGAAGUUGGUCUUUACACUAUUCAGAUUCUUCAGCUCACUCCCUGUUUCCAUAAAGAAAAUGAAUCAUCUAAAAAAAUUAUGGCAGAAAUUUUAUCAGGAAAGAGGAAUAUUCCUACAAAACCAAAAAAUGAAUAUUAUUUGGCUUUAACUAAGUUCACUUCCUACUUACAAAAUUUACAACCGGAUAUGAAAAAGUGCUUUGACUUUUUUACUGAUUAUAUGGGUCUUUUGAAAACAAGGAAUAUCCAAAAAGAAAUAGCGGAGAUCUUAUUAAGCAAGAAAAUCAGUCGUUGUUUCAGUAAAUAUAGGGAACAUUUCUGCCAUGUGGAUGUGGGUCCAUUACAAAGCAAAGAGAGUCAGUUACUCCAAGAGGAGAAUUGCAGGAGAGAUUUAGAAGCUUUGAAAGCAGACAGGUUUUCUGGACUUCUAGAAUAUCUUAAUCCAAAUCACAAAGAGGCUGCAAUCAUUAUGGAAAGUAUAGUGAACAAAUAUACUUUUCUCUUUCAGGAAAAUUCAAACAAACGGCUGGCAAAGGAGAAACAAAAUUUCAUUUUGGCCAACAUUAUUCUCAAUUGUCUAAAACCCAAUUCCAAGUUUAUUCAGCCACUUACCGUACUUAAAAAACAUCUCAGAGAAGUGUUACAAUUCGUAGAACUAAGUCACCCAUACCCAGACCCUUAUUUCUUGGCCUGCCUCCUGUUCUGGCCAGAAAAUGAAGAGCUAGAUGAAGAUUCCAAGUUAAUGGAAAGGUAUGUUUCAUCCUUAUAUAGAUCCUUCAGGAGACAGUACAGGAGCAUGUGCAGGUCCAAGCAGCCAAGCACACUUUUCUACCUAGGGAAAAAGAGAGGUCUCAACAGUCUUGUGCAUAAGGCCGAGAUAGAGCAGUACUUCAGUAAAGUACAAAAUAUAAAUUCCUUCUGGCAGAGUGGAGAUGUGUGGAAAAAAAAGGAAGUCAAAGACCUUCUGCGCCGUCUCACUGGUCUGGCUGAAGGCAAGAAAAUCUCUAUUGAAUAUGGAACAGAGAAAAAAAUAAAAAUACCAAUGACAUCUGUUUAUUCAGGUCCACUCAGAAGUGGUGGCAACAUAGAAAGAGUGUCUUUCUACCUAGGGUUUUCCAUUGAAGGCCCUCUAGCAUAUGACAUAGAAGUUAUUUAGGAAGAUAUAUUAGCUCAAAUAUGUUUAUUCAUAUUCGCUCUGAUCUUAGUCCCUCUAUCCCCAUGGCAUUUUAAUGGCAUUAUCAGCUUACCUCUGAUUAUAGGUUUUGCUUUCGUCCCCCCGUAAAUUAAAAGUCUUUGUAGGGCAUUAAACAUGUCUGCACACAGAGCUUGGCACACUGUAGAGCAGCGGUUCUCAACCUGUGGGUCGCGACCCCUCUGGCGGUCGAACGACCCUUUCCCAGGGGUCACCUAAGACCAUCCUGCAUAGCAGAUAUUUACAUUACAAUUA